UUCAGUGGAUACCGACAACGCCGAGCGCGACAACUCGUACACGGACAGUGACGUAUUUUCAGAACCCGACGUUCUCCACGCUGAAGACGUUCUUCGCGCUGAUCCGGAUUUUGCUAAUAUCCGUCCGGUUUCUGCUAAUAACCAUAUGGAGACUGAUGUUCCGACGGGUACCAAACGGGGAUCGACGAGCGAACCUGCAGACAGCUCUAGCGGAAGUGCCAAGAAGGCAAAGGUCAAUGGGAUGGAAUUACCUGGGACGGGUGGCGGUAGUAGUAGUGACCCAGACACUGGCAAUCCUAGCACUGAAAAUUGUGUCAUACCUAGGCCACUCAACAACUUGGGAGGACAUAAGCUCGUAUUUCGGAAACAUCACAGCCUAUUGUCCUACGGAUUGGCAUGGAAAAUUAGCCGACUUUCUCCAACUGGUACUACAUAUCUUACAACAACCUCUUUAAUGGCAAUACCCGUGGAAUUGCCUUUUUUGUAUUUGUCUCCCGCGGAAUGGCAUUGGUUACAAGACAUAAGAGGACUUCAAGUCGAUAACGUACGGGUGAAAAUAAUUAUGAGAAAUCCGCGUACCGCUUUUGAAACAAACGCAACGUCCACGACAUUGGCGACAUUGAAUCAAAAUAAAUAUUUGGGGGUUGCCAAAGGAUUGAAUCUGAGCACUAGAGGAAUCGACAGAGCUAUGAAAUUCGGGUCGGGCACGGACGCCAUGGUCAAUCAAGGUACAGAAGAAUACGAUAUCACCCACAUGAAUAAAUUUAUUGAAGCCGCCUACGGUACAAUCGACAAUAGGCCAGACGUCGAACACAAAGGUUUUCAAAGAUUACCGUGUUCGUUUCUUUAUUUGCCGUUUAUAAACAAUAGAUAUUAUUGUUCCGUCGCGACGCAUAAUGACGUAAAUAAGGAUAUCGGAUGGCCCGAUUUGACACAAUACAUAACCAAAGCGGACGCCUCGUUCACAACUAGGCGUGUUAUCGCUGAAUAUUCUUAUUCACCUAAAAUUGGCCUCUUAACACAACCGUUUCAGAUGCGCUUAAAUGGAUAUUACGGCGAAGACGCCACCGCUUUAAAACGGGUUCAAGACAACGCUAUCGAUUCGGAUGUAGCGACGGGAGAAGCUUCCAGCAUAUUCAUGCCCACUAUCGAUAUAGAAUCGGACGAAUGGAAAGCGUUGACAAAAAGAACCGGUUCCGCUUAUACCACGCCGAUUGAAAAAUCUCAAUACAUAAAACGAGGAAUGUUUGACACCGGCGACACGAGUUUACAACCGUCGAUGCACGUUGGCGUUUUUCCCGUGCCAAGGCUUACAACAUCCGACUUAAAAACAAGGCCUGAAAAGUUUACAGACGUAGAAGUACAGUGGGAUGUCGAAACCGAAAUGCACUUAUCAUAUAAUUAUGGUACUAUGAACCUAACCCAUUACGAUAAACCGUAUUUGGAACCCAUGGAAUCCGGGCACUACGUGACUAAACUCAAAUCUACGGACGCCAACACAUAUUUUCAAACACAGUAUUCCACCGUCAACGGCGAAUUUAUCGCCAGAGUCAACCAACAAGCAUAGCAAUCAAUUUCACUCGAAAG